UGCCUCUGGCAGCAUGGAGACCAGAGACUCCAGCGCGAGCGACAGAAAGACCGGGACCUUGAGCACCGCUGUGCACGAGCACCUUCGGAAGCUGUGUCUGCGUGAAUUCCCGUGUGGCACCGGGAGCUGGAAUAAGUCACGCUUUCUUCCUCAAAGAUGGCGAACCUGGAGGGAGUUGGUCCCCAAGGAGGAAGAGACAGUGAGCGCCCAGGAGGAGACUGUGGAGACCCUGCUGGGCUUGGUCCGCAGCCACCCACCUCUCCCUGGGUUUUGAUGAAGGACUCCAGUGCUGAGGACCGUUUCCUGAGAGAACUGGCCAUCCAGCAUCCACUGAUGAUCAAAGACACUUUCUUCUUACUCCUAUUUCCGGUCCCUGCGGGUGGUGGACAAGGG